GCCGCCCAGCACCGCGGCCCCUCGGGCGGCUGCCCGCGGCCCCUGAGGAGGAGGAGGAGGAGGGAGAGGAAGGCCGGGGCGGCCAGCGGAGCGCGGCCAUGGAGGAGUGGCGGCAGUGCGGGCGCUGGCUCAUCGACUGCAAAGUUUUGCCCCCGAACCACCGGGUGGUCUGGCCCUCGGCCGUGGUGUUCGACCUGGCGCAGGCGCUGCGGGACGGGGUGCUGCUGUGCCAGCUGCUGCACAACCUGUCCCCCGGCUCCAUCGACCUCAAGGACAUCAACUUCAGGCCGCAGAUGUCCCAGUUUCUGUGUUUGAAGAACAUCAGGACCUUCCUGAAGGUGUGCCACGACAAGUUUGGGUUAAGGAACAGUGACCUCUUUGAUCCCUUUGACCUCUUUGAUGUGCGGGAUUUCGGGAAGGUGAUCUCUGCAGUAUCCAGGCUCUCCUUCCACAGCAUUGCUCAAACCAAAGGAAUUAGGCCCUUCCCUUCGGAGGAGACCACGGAGAAUGACGAUGACGUGUACCGGAGCCUGGAGGAGCUGGCAGAUGAACACGACCUGGGGGAGGACAUCUACGACUGCGUGCCCUGCGAGGAUGAGGGCGAUGAUAUCUACGAGGAUAUCAUCAGAGUGGAGGUGCAGCAGCCCAUGAUUAGAUACAUGCAGAAAAUGGGAAUGACAGAAGAUGACAAAAGGAAUUGCUGUUUGCUAGAAAUCCAAGAAACUGAGGCCAAAUACUACAAAACCCUUGAAGACAUAGAAAAGAACUACAUGAACCCCCUGAGGCUGGUACUGACUCCCCAAGACAUGGAAGCUAUUUUUAUCAAUUUGGAGGACCUCAUUAAAGUGCACUUCAGUUUCCUGAGAGCCAUCGAUGUCUCGAUGAUGUCUGGAGGAAGCAGCCUGGCAAAAGUGUUCCUGGAGUUCAAAGAGAGGCUGCUGAUUUAUGGCAAGUACUGCAGCCACAUGGAAUAUGCCCAGAACACCCUGAACCACCUCCUUGCCAACCGGGAGGACGUCAGGCAGAAGGUGGAGGAAUGCACACUAAAGGUCCAGGAUGGGAAAUUCAAAUUGCAAGACCUGCUGGUGGUUCCAAUGCAGAGAGUUUUGAAGUAUCACCUCCUGUUAAAAGAGCUGCUCAGCCAUUCCUCAGACAGGCCAGAGAAGCAGCAGCUGAAGGAGGCUCUGGAGGCAAUGCAGGACUUGGCCAUGUACAUCAAUGAAGUCAAGAGGGACAAAGAGACUUUGAAGAAAAUAAGUGAAUUUCAGAGCUCUAUAGAAAACCUGCAGGUGAAGCUGGAGGAGUUUGGGAGGCCGAAGAUCGACGGGGAGCUCAAGGUGCGCUCCAUAGUGAACCACACCAAGCAGGACAGGUAUUUAUUUUUAUUUGAUAAAGUGGUGAUCGUCUGCAAGAGGAAAGGAUACAAUUACGAGCUGAAGGAAAUUAUUGAGCUGCUCUUCCACAAGAUGACUGAUGACCCCAUGAAUAACAAGGACAUUAAGAAGUCCCAUGGAAAAAUGUGGUCCUACGGCUUCUACCUGAUCCACCUGCAGGGGAAACAGGGCUUCCAGUUCUUCUGCAAGACUGAGGAGAUGAAGAGGAAGUGGAUGGAGCAGUUUGAAAUGGCCAUGUCCAACAUCAAGCCAGAGAAAGCCAAUGCAAAUCACCACAACUUCCAGAUGUACACAUUCGAAAAGACAACCAACUGCAAAGCCUGCAGGAUGUUCCUGAGAGGAACUUUCUACCAGGGCUAUCUUUGCCCCAAAUGUGGAGCAGGUGCUCACAAGGAGUGCUUGGAGAUUAUUCCUCCCUGCAAGAUGGGUUCUUCAGCAGACCAGGAUUCACUGGGUGCAGGACCUGGUCCUAAAAUGGUGGCUGUUCAGAAUUACCAUGGGAACCCAGCCCCUCCUGGGAAGCCAGUGCUGACCUUUCAGAUUGGGGACGUGAUGGAGCUGCUGAGGGGGGACCCCGACUCGCCAUGGUGGGAGGGGAGGCUGCUGCAGACCAAGAAGUCGGGUUAUUUCCCCAGCUCCUCAGUGAAGCCCUGCCCCGUGGAUGCCAGGCCCCCCAACAGCCGGCCGGCCUCGCGGGAGAUCGACUACACGGCCUACCCCUGGUUUGCAGGGAACAUGGAGAGGCACCAGACAGACAACCUGCUCAAGUCCCACGUCAGUGGCACCUACCUGAUCCGGGAGCGGCCGGCCGAGGCCGAGCGCUUUGCCAUCAGUAUUAAGUUCAACGAGGAGGUGAAGCACAUCAAGGUGGUGGAGAAGGACAACUGGAUCCACAUCACAGAAGCCAAGAAGUUCGAGAGCUUGCUGGAGCUGGUUGAGUACUACCAGAGCCACUCUCUGAAGGAGAGCUUCAAGCAGCUGGACACAACUCUGAAAUACCCCUACAAAUCGCGGGAGCGCUCUACCUCCAGGACCUUCACCCGCUCCCCAGCCUCCUGCGCUUCCUACAACUUUUCUUUUCUCAGUCCUCAGGGCCUCAACUUUUCUUCUCAGAGCUCCUCCAGUCCCUUCUGGUCAGUGUUCACCCCCCGGGUCAUAGGCACGGCCGUGGCGCGGUACAACUUCGCGGCGCGGGACAUGCGGGAGCUGUCGCUGCGCGAGGGGGACGUGGUGAAGAUCUACAGCAGGAUUGGAGGGGACCAGGGAUGGUGGAAGGGGGAGACCAACGGAAGGGUGGGCUGGUUUCCCUCGACCUACGUGGAGGAGGAGGGCGUGCAGUGACCGCGGCCGUGGCCGCUGGAAGUCGUCGAGCGCCCGGAGCCAGCAGCUGCAGCCUGAGCACACUGUCCCCGUGCUGGACACCUCCCAGGACUGUCCCUGCAGCCCCUCAGGACCCCCCCUGCGUGCAGGCUGCCCCAGCCUGGCCCCCUGUUCCGUGUACAGAAGAUUGCUGGGCUGUGGGACGGCGCCGCUGGAGAGCCGCGCUCUCCCCGAUGGACAGAGCUCAGAGACUCUGGGUGCCCUGCAGGGCGUGGGCACUGCACCCCUCCUGUGGCAGGGGCUUCUACAAGCCACCCUGGGGAUGCUGGAGGGAGGCUGAGGCUGGAGGGUUUGUGCCUGGGUGAGAAUUUGGGGGUUCCAGGGGAGGGAGCCCCGAGGAGGCAAUGCAGACCCUCUGCCACACCACUCAGGGGGUUGCCCAGGUCAGGAUUUUGGCAGUGGCCCUGGCAGCCAUGGGCAGCACUGUGCUGUGGCCAGGGUGAGGGGCAGGGUGGGGACGCCUGGAGAGGGCUGUGACCAUUGGAAGUGGAGCUCCAGGUCAGCCAGGAGGGGACAAAGCCAUUUUGGCACCCCCGAGCCCAUUUUGUUCACAGUCACCUCAGUCCCACCGGCCUUGCUGCAGGCAGGGGGGCGCCCAGGGAGCAGACUGGUGCCACUGGUGAGCAGGAGGUCCCAGUGCGUUGCUGGACUGGAGAUGUGCUCCACACGAGGGUUUCAGAGGCCACCAAGGCACCAGGUACAUGCAGAGGAUGUGUCCGUGGGUCUGUCCUCCCCAAGCCAGGCUGAUUUUCCUUGCAGCUGUGACAAUUCCCACCUCAUGAGCUCAGGGUGAACCCACCUGAACAAGGGCUAUGCUAUCAAGUCCUGAAUCCUGUCCCUGAGCUGUGAAAGCAUCUCCUCUCCCCAGCUGUGUGCACUUUUGGGGGCUGGCAGCAUUGCCCCCCACUCUUCCUCUUCGUCCCACAGGCUGUUCCUGCUGCUGCUGUCAAGUAAAGGUCCGUGUGUUGUGACAU